CUUGACAUCACCGUGCGGGCGCCUUUUAUUUCUGGACCGAGUGGAGCCAAACUAUUGACAGAGACCACGAAAUCACGUGACCAUGGCGGAGCGUUCGUCCCGCGUGAUGAAGCGCGAAGAUCCGGACAGGAGCUCAAAGAUGUCAGCGGUCGUGGUCGUGCACGGUGGGGCUUGGGCCAUACCGGACCAGCUGGCCGAGGCGUCUGUCGAUGGAGUGAAGGCCGCGGCGUGUGAGGGGUCCUCGGUGCUGAAAAGAGGAGGGAGUGCGCUGGAUGCCGUCGAAGCAGCUGUGAGGGCUCUGGAAGACAACCCUGUGUUUAAUGCAGGGCACGGAGCGACGCUAAAUGCCGACGGAGAGGUGGAGCUGGACGCCAUCAUCAUGGACGGAAGGACACUCGCCAGUGGUGCAGUGUCUUCGGUGAAGAACAUCGCCAAUCCCGUGUCACUGGCACGGGCAGUGAUGGAAAAGACUGCCCACGUCAUGCUGACGAGCAGAGGCGCAAACCUGUUUGCAGAGAGCAUCGGCGUGGUGGCCGUCCCCCCUGACGCGCUGCUGACCGAGUAUGAGAGGAAAGAAUGGGAGAAGCACAAGACCUACGUCACUGGAGUGGAUGAAGAUUUUAACACUCAGUGGGCUCAUGAUACCGUCGGGGCGGUCGCCGUGGACACCGCUGGUAAUGUUGCAUGUGCAACAUCAACUGGAGGGAUCCGGAAUAAAAUGGUCGGCAGGGUGGGAGACUCGCCUGUCAUUGGCGCCGGAGGAUACGCAGACAACCUCAGCGGUGCCGUGUCUUGCACCGGGCAUGGGGAGUCUAUUCUUAAAGUCACGUUGGCCAGACUCAUUCUUUCACAUGUUGAACAAGGUAAAUCUGUAGCAGACUCCUCCCAGCUGUCUCUGCGGUACAUGGCGGAUCGUGUCCGCGGUGCAGGAGGCUCUAUCGUGGUGUCUCCAUCGGGACAGUGGGCAGCCACGUUCACCACGGACCGGAUGGCGUGGGCGGCGGUGGAUCAGGAUGUCCUGUGGUAUGGUUUAGACCCGGAUGAAAGGUUAAAAGAGCAGUUGUCGCAGUAACUGUCCAGUUUUGAUAUGAGUCACAUCAUUGAGCCUGUGUUUUCCAUCUGUUUCCUAUACUAACUCACUCUGGUUUAGAUUGUUUGGGCUGUCUUGAUGGACGUUUGCUGAAGUUGUCUCUAUAGAAAUGGAAAUAAGGAGUGUUAUACUCAUUCUAAUCAAAGCUAUGUACUUUAUAUAUGAACAGUGAAACAUAAACUGUACCCGAUGGAGAGGGUGGAUGUUAGAGGAUAUCCAUUGGUGUCUAAUAACAAACAUAAAGUAUUUCAAAGGCUUUCUAAGUCUUGGUAGCGUACCAUUUGAUAGACUGUGUGCCAUAUGCUCGUGCUUAAAUAUCUGAUUUAUUUCACUUAAGUCUGUUUAACUCUGUGUAGGUUUUUUUCUUCACAAUUACAAUGCCCCAAGUGUUCCUCAUCACAAAUAGUUCUCUAAUUUGCAUGUGAACUCACACACGUCCGAUCCAGUUAAUGUCAAAGCGUUUCACAAGACAUGUUGAUCAGCUCACACGUGUAAGAGCAGAGCAAUGAACUGCAGGUCUGGUUUUUGAAAGACGUGCAGAAAUUGGACAAUACAACUACAAUGAAUAUUAAAGAAAUUCAAGAUA